AGCGGUGCCCGGAACCAAAGGGGCACAAUGGCCCACAGCCAGUCUCGGAAGCGAUCGCGAAGCAGGAGCAAAAGCAAUUCUCGGAGCAGACAGGAGAAAAAGGAGAAGAAAAGGAGGAAAAGCAGCAAGGACUCACACCAGGGCAGCAGCUCUCCUCCGAGGAAGCGGACCUCUGGGUCUCACAAACACAAGUCAAGCUCAGCAGCAGCUAAGGAAGAAAAGAAGAAGGAAGGAAAGGACAAAAAGAAGAGGAAGGCAAGUACCUCUUCCUCUCAGACAUCAUCUUCAUCCACCAGCUCCUCCUCAUCUUCGUCUUCCUCCAGCUCCUCUUCUGAUGACUCCAGUGACAGUGACUCCAAAACAAAGAAGAGUCGACACAGCAAAAAAAAGCGAGUGAAACAGAAAGACAAAAAGAAGAAGAAGAAGAAGAGAAUAAAGAAGAAAUCAAAAAAGAAGUCAAAGGAAAGAGCUAAGGAGGAGAAAGCCAAGGAAGAAGUGAUGCCUGGCCCCUCACUGGAGCAGUGGCAGAAGGAGUCACUCACCUGCUGAAGCCAGGUUUUGACAGAUGAACAAAAAUCCCGAAUCCAGGCUAUGAAGCCAAUGACAAAGGAAGAAUGGGACGCGAGGCAGAGUGUCAUAAGGAGAGUCGUGGAUCCCGAAACGGGGAGAACCAGGCUUAUUAAGGGAGAUGGAGAAGUACUAGAAGAAAUCGUCAGCAAGGAGAGACACAAGGAGAUUAACAAGCAAGCCACCCGGGGGGACGGGCUGGCCUUUCAGGCGAGGACGGGGAUGCUGCAGUGA